AUGCUCGUACUCGAGCGGAAACUCGAGCGAUACUGUUGCCCCUCUUGUCAUGGCGACCACUCCUUCCCAGAGCUUUGCCCGGGCGCUAUGUUCCCUGGCAAAGAGCGCAAGGUGCCAUCCCACACCAGAGCUCCUAGGAAAUCCCGGUUGCUGCAACGCAGGAAACCUGUCGUCAGUCCGCGUGAAAGUCUGAUGGGCUGUCCCUCCGUCGACAUCAUUGCACUCAGCCAGAAUACACCUGAUGUAAACAUUUUCCCAGUGGAACGGGACUCAGAGAUUGCGUCGGCACUACAGUACUACUUCGAGGUCUUCAAAUACCAGAUUCACCCUUACAAUACCGAUGCACCGAAGCAAUGGCAGCACACGGCCUUCUCAAACGACUUGAUCCAGACGGCGAUGUCGGAUCCGAUGUGGUUCUGCGCCAACGUUGCCUUCAGCGAAGGAAUGAAGGACCGCAUGAUGCAUGACACGUGCGAGAAAAGCGAAGUCGUUGCCAAAUACCAGUCCAAGGCAUUCAUGGACAUGCGAAAGCGACUGAUGACCGACCAGGACAACGACAUUCUCCUCCUCACCAUUACCGUCCUGAUGUCAAUCGACAUCCUCUUCGGUUCUACAGACUCUAUGAAGAUGCACGCUGAAGGCCUCGACCGUAUUAUCCAGCUUCGUGGCGGACUGGAGUCGAUCAACCAUCUACCGUACCUGAAACAGAAAGUCAUCGGGUUCCAGCAAUUCUGGCAUUCGAAACAGAUCGCAUACGCCACAGCGGAGACCGGCACCGCGAAAUAUCCGAAACAUCCUUUCCCUCCAGACCUCUGCAUCGCUACCUCGAAACUCCCCAAAGAGCUGGCUGAGUUGGCGCUCUCUGGCACCCUGAGUAUCGCUUUGAUCCGUCUCGUCGCUGAUGUCGCCGCCCUUCAAUCGAAAUUUGACCGAGAUGGCGAGAAGCGGCCAGAAGACCUUCACUACGCUACCUGGCUGGACAAGGACCGCGCCGCGCACUGGCUUCUCGGCUGCGUAAUUCGUGUGCGCAUUUCACCCAUCUAUCGAAACGGCGUCAAGUGGGAGAAGAAACACAGCAAGGUUCUCGUCGAAGCAGGCGCAUUGUCAUGGCGAGUCGGUAACACACUGUUGGAGAAGGCUUCAGAGCAUGUGACGCUGGACCGGGACUUUACGAUUAGGACGUGCAAGCAGUUCAUCUGGGACGAUGUGUUAACGGAGAAGCUGGAGGCCAAGUUUGACUUCGAGACGACUCCAAGCACGAGGAGAGCUAGUAGUGAGAAGAGUCCGAGUCCGUUGUGCUUGGCGUUGUCGGAACAGAGGAAGGAGAUAAGUCCGCCGGCGGAUGCGUUGGCGCUGUAG